UUGAGCAAAAAGGAUGAGCCUCCUAACAAACCAGUGACUAGAGUGAGUGGAAGCUGUCAAAAGCUUCUUCAUUCUCUCUCUUACUCCCAUGGCUUCUCUUCUUUCCUUCUCUGUUCCCACUUCAAAGAUGAUAAGAGCUUCUUCAACAGCUGCUUCUGCACCGGCAAUUUCGGUUCCAGAGACCCUCAGUGACAAAUUUGGCAGAAAAGGCAUCAAGUUUUCUGAGUCGGACAGCGUCCCAAUUGUUGAGCUCACAGUCAGAAAUGGAAGUUCAUUAAAGCUUCAAAUACCCAAUGCCCAUGUGACUUCAUACAAGCCAAAGGUGUACUGGAAAGACGACGGCUUUCAGGAGGUUCUGUACACCAUUCCAGGCAAUGAAACGGAUUCUACCAAAGCCAAGGGGGGAAUUGGUUUGGUUUUGAAUGAUGCAUCGGAAGCAGGCGCUAAAGGCUCACUUCUUUCCGCUUCCGAAUGGACAGUUAAAGAUGUUGAUUCCGAUGCCAUCGAUGCUCUCCAGGUUGAGCUAAGCAGCACUAGUGGAACACUUGAUAUAACAUAUGUUGUGACACUCUAUCCAGUAAGCAUGGCAACGGCUGUGAUUGUGAAAAACAAAGGCCGGAAGCCGGUGACUAUGACGAAUGCUAUACUAAGCCACUUCAAAUUUAAACGACGAGGCGGAGCAGCAAUCCAAGGUCUCAAGGGAUGUGGCUACACUGCGCACCCUCCCCCGUCUUCUCCUUUCGAAAUUAUGUCUCCCGGGGAAGCAAUGAAAGCUGACACUCCAGGGUGGUUCUCUUUCGGUUCUGAGGCUCGAGAAAAACCAGGUUCCUGGAGCCGGCAGGAUGUGCCGUACACCAUUUUGAAAAACAAGCUCAGCAGAGUCUAUGCUGCGCCUCCUCAAGAGAGAUUGAAGCCCGUUUAUAACACCCCACCUUCAAAAUAUGAAACACUGGAUCAGGGGCGUGAUUUGUUCUACAGGGUGAUACGCAUGGGAUUUGAGGAUAUAUAUUUGUCAAGUCCUGGUUCUUUCUAUGAGAAAUAUGGCAGUAAGGAGUACUUUAUAUGCACUGGACCAGCUUCAUUGCUCGUUCCUGUGGUUAUUAACCCUGCUGAGGAAUGGAGAGGAGCUCAAGUUAUUGAGCACGAUAAUUUGUCGUAAAUAAAUCAUCUAAAAUCAAUUUUUUUUCUUCUUCUUUUAAUUCUAUAUAUCUGAGUGAACUAAUUAAUUGUUUAUUUUCAAUUUAGAAGUGCGUUUAAAAUC